UUUCUGAUCAAAAUCUAUUGAAAUUAUACAAGCUAUUCGAUGGGACAUUUGAAAGAGCUUUAGAUUUAUACGAGAAGCGACGAGUGACACAAAUUUCCACGUCUAAUGCAAUUAUAACAGAGCCAUGCAAGAGUGCUAACGAGGCUAGCUGGUUGAUGCAAGUUAAAGGGCAUUCUGGGGCAUUGUACACACUUUUUCCAGAAGUAAAUUAUUGUACAUGCGCCGCUUUCAGACAUCAGGUUUUAACAGAUCGAUCUGCUUUCACUUGUAAGCACGUUUUGGCAGCUUGGCUGACCAGUGUUGACAACGAGAAGUUGUUGCAUCAACAACUAACGCAAAAGCAGUUUAAUAAUUUAUUGCUAUACCAGGUUUCAAAUAAACAAGAUGGCCUCUAACAUGGAAGACUACAUGUUGGUCGCAAAAAUAGGAUUGACAAAUCUAAAGAUUGUAAUACAGUUAUUAAAAGCUAUCAAUUUUAAAGAGUUAGCUACUUGCCUUGGUAGUGAAAAUGGAUUGAAAAUCACAGUCGAAGAUGCAAAAUGUAUGCAGGCCAGUGCAUAUAUUUCAUCUGCAGUUUUCGAAGAGUUCAAAUUGAAAGAGGACGUGACGUUUUCAUUAAGCUUAAACAUAUUGGUGGAGUGCCUCUGUAUGUUCUGGCCCACCGUACAAGAAGAUUCCGUCGCGGUGCAAAUAUUUUACAAAGGCACAGGUUAUCCCGUAAGCGUUAUUAUCGAAGAAGACGGGAUCAUAACGGACUGCUCAUUAAAAACUUUAGAAGUAGACACAUUGUUAGAUUUUCAUCUUGAACCGGAAAAUGUCGUUAAUAAAGUAGUAUUACAAACAGAAUUAUUGAAGGAUGUCAUGGCUGAAUUAGAUCCAACUAGCGAACUAGUCGAGUUGCGUUUAUCGCCGGAAGAGCCCUUCUUCAGAAUUAGCACGGAGGGUCUAGGCGGCAUUUGUCACAUCGACUUGCCGCACGAUAGCGAUUUAAUAGACACUUUUCAUUGUACAUCAACGGCGAUAAGCAAUUUUAAAUUGGCGCAUAUUAAACCGGCGAUGAAAGCGUUAUCGUGCGCUAACAAGGUUUCUAUAAGAACCAAUAACGCCGGCCUGUUAGGUUUUCAGUAUAUGAUCAAAACCGAAAGCGGCCAUACCUGUUACAUGGAAUAUUAUAUUUCUCCAUUAAUCGAUAUGGAAGAUUAAAUAUUGAUUAAACAGUGACGAUACGGACGUAUAAAGUUAGAAAUAGAUGGCCUAUGUAUAAAAAUUACUUUAAUAAAUAUCUAAAUAUAUUUUGUAUA